AUGUGCGUGGGCCAUCCCAAAAGGCACCCGUGCCAACACACUUCAGUGACCUACAAUCAUUGCGUGGCCGCCCAUUUCGACGGAACUACUGGGGUCACCACUCCCUGCCACAACACCACAUAUGCAGCGCCAGUAGAUACCGAAUCCAAGUGUACCAACCAGCUCUGCUUCUUUGAAGAGCUCGGUGGGAGUUGGAUAUGUUGCAAGUGCGGGAAUGGCCCCAACUACGUGGGAUGGUGCACCUAUGACAACCCAAGAACAGAGGUCAACGCCAUUACGCAGCAGGUAGAACAAGUCACGAAGUGUGUUCACUGUUGUUGCUGGAACUGCACCCCGUACUCAACUUCCGAUCAGGGCGGCUCAAGCCAUGGUGGCUCAUCAAAGCGUGGCGGCUCAUCGAAGCACAAGCACCACAAGUCUUCGAAGCAUGGUGGGUCUUCGAGUCAGGGGUAUCAGUGGAUUGAGAUGGACUACAGUUCGAAAGGGAGCUCUUCAGGCCACAAGAAGAGGAAACACAAGGAGAAAUAA